AUGGAUUGCUUUCAUCCAUGUCCAGCCACUUCAACGGUUGCAAUGAUUGCUUUUCCGGUACUACUUUUUCUUUUCUCUCUUCUAUGGAUAUCAAAAACUGCCUCAAGAAAAACAAGCAAAAUGAAAACGGCACCUGAGGCUGGUAGCGCAUGGCCCGUAAUUGGCCAUCUUCGCCUCCUAAGAGGGCCACAACCAGUUCACAUAAGCUUGGCCAACAUGGCUGAAAAAUAUGGAACAAUCUUCACCAUCAAGUUGGGUGUGCAUAGAGCUUUGUUGGUGAGCAAUUGGGAGAUUGCUAAAGAAUGUCUCACCAUAAACGAUAAAGCAUUGGCCAAUCGUCCAAAGCUUGUUGGCUUGGAACUUUUGGGCUACAACAAUGCCAUGAUCGGCACUGCGCCAUAUGGACCUUACUGUUGUCAAGUGCGCAAGUUUGUCACUGCUGAGCUCCUCUCAAACCACCGGAUCGAAAUGCUUAAACACGUGAUGGAAUCCGAGGUAAAGACAUCUCUGGAGCAGCUAUAUCAGCUGUGGAACAAGAAGAGAAGCAACUCUGAUAAAGUAUUGUUGGAUAUGAAGAGAUGUUUCAAAGAAGUGACUCUUAACGUGAUUCUGAGUAUUAUUGUAGGAAAGCAAAUUCCGAAUUCCAGUGAAGGCGGUGAAACCGUGAAAUGGACCAAGUUAUUGGAUGACUUCUUUGAACAAAGUGGGAAGUUCGUGGUAUCAGAUGCGGUGCCGUUUCUGAGAUGGUUUGACAUAGGAGGAGAGGAGAAGCUCGUAAAGAAGACAGCAAAAGAAUUAGAGCAAGUUAUCGAGGGAAGGCUACGAGAGCACAAGCGCAAGAGAGCUGCAAACGAGGCCAAGAGUGAGGAAGAUUUCAUGGGAGUGAUGCUGUCUAUUCUCCGUGAUGUAGAGGAGCACGAUGCUGAUACAAUCAACAAAGCCACCAGUCUGAGUCUCAUCUUAGCGGCGGAAGAUACCACAUCAACCACAAUGACAUGGGCUUUAUCUUUGUUACUCAACAACCGUGAGGAAUUGAAGAAGGUCCAACAAGAACUAGACAUCCAGGUUGGCAUGGAUAGACUGCUGGUAACAGAAUCAGACACCAAAAACUUAGUGUACCUUCAAUCCAUCGUUAAGGAAACGUUGCGCCUAUACCCUGCUGCUCCACUCUCCGUGAUCCAUGAAGCCAUUGAAGACUGCACAGUAUUUUUCGUAUUUGGUAAAGAAGCUAUUUUUCAUCAACCCAGAGGUGCAUUUUGGCAAAGAAACCAUCUUUCAUUAGCUUGA